UAAUAUAUUUUUUAUACGUGUGCGUGUGUGUGCAAUUCCAUAUUGCACCGAAAAGCAAAAAAAUUCCGAAGUCAUCGGGUACCACAACGUUACAACGUCUCAAGGCCAAGGCUGCAGGUGGUAGCGUAAAACGCAGUCGAACAAGCAACGCAGCGGCUGGGACAACAGUAACAUCUACUAAUAGGGGAAGUAGUGGGAUUGGAGGAAGUGCCCGUGCAGCGGGUGGUCGUAAAUUUACUGCAAACAGUAUAACACAAUUGCAACGAAGUGGCGGCGGUGCUGGUCAGUGGUCAGCAGGGACGGCGGCGACGACGGCUGGAGCGGGUGCUAGCACCGGAGUCAGUUCCUUUACAACGGCAUCCGAUUCAUCUUUGCUGGCUGAAAGAGAAUCGGCAUAUUUGCAAGGUUUUCAAUCACCAAGCUAUAACACCACAAAAUCAUAUCAGCAACAACAAAACCAGUCCACUUACAACAAUUCCCUCUAUAACACCAAUAAUAACGCCAGUGCCAAUUAUUCAAAUCACUCAAAUUACGCAAAUACAUCAUCGUCAUCUCCACACACAACGACAACGCCUCAUAACAAGCUUCCAACCGCAGGUGUUGGUUCAACGGCGAUGAUGAUGACCAAACAUAAAAGCUCGCUCGCAGAGCGCCUUAACAUUGGAGACGAGGUGCGCGAUUUAAAGCUUGGCUGCACAUACAAUCCAAAAAAUACAACGACGGCCUUUCACACUAUCAAAUAUGACUUCAAGCCAGCAAGUGUGGACAAAAGUAAAGUAGCUUUAGUGGACGUCGGCUCCAAUAAUCAAGUUACCGUUACCGUGCCAAAUUUAGUAAGCUCCGGUGUGCCUCAUACAGUUUAUAAGGGAAACCAUAGAAAAUACACAAAAGAAUGUUUAUUGAUUUACGAUCGAAAAACCGGUGGUAUUACGUUCGAGAAGUUAAAUCAUAAUAUUCAAGUAAAAAAGACGAGGAGUGAGAUGACAAACAAACCAAGUGCGAUAGCUGCUAGCGCGAAUGUAGCACCGCAGCAAAAACUAGAGAAUAGUACGAUGCGCAUCACAUCGAAGACGAAAGUGUCGACAGGGAGUCGUCGUAAUAAUAUAAUUGAUUUUAAGCCAAGAAACUCGCCAUCCGCAUCAGCGUCCCCGUCUGCACCGCCAUCCAUACACAAAAGUCCACAAUCAGCGCCGGCCUGGAACGCGAAUAAUACGCAAGCCACGCUGCCCAGCAUUCCAAUGAUCUUCGAUGACGACGAUGAUGGCAUGUUUGGACUGACCGCCGCCGCCGCCGGCAAUAGUCAAACGCAUGGUGGCAGUGGCAGUGAUGCGGCAAAUAUGUCUUCAUCGUCCUCCGCGUCGAGUCAUAAUAAUUCAGCGCACGAUUAUCACAUGCAAAUGCAGCAGCAUCAGCAGCAACAGCAACCGGCGCCGAACAAACAGUCUAAGCAAUCGCAUCGCAACAAUCAGAAACGGCAAAACAAUUUGAACGCAGCGACGGCGACGUCGGCCACGAAUGCGACGGCAAUAGCACAGAGUCAUGGCAAACAGACGAAGCACAACCGCAUGGAGCAACGAACUUCCUCGCCACAAACUUUUGCACAGCAGCAGCAGCAGCAGCAGCAGCAAAGGCAGCAACAGCACAAUCUCUACCAACAGCCACAACAGCAAUCCAACAACAAUCGCAUGUACCCGACAAACUCAUCGUCCUCAAUGCAAAUGUCUAACGGUGUCACUGGUGGCUAUCACAAUAGCAACAAUAUGUCCAUGGGCAAUCAAAUGUUGCAACAUCAUCAGACACAACAACAACACCACAAUAUGCCAGGCAUGUCAUCGCCGCAUGACAGCGACGCAGCCAUGGCUAGUGCGGCGGCGCAGCUCGAACAGCAAAUACGCGGUCUUAGCUCAUCCAGUUCGAGUUCCAGCUCGGAUUCGAGCGGCAGUGAUUGUGCCAGCGACUCCGACGACAGCAGUGAUGAAGAGGAUCAACAACAACAACAACAGACGCAACAUCAAAUGCAUCAAUUGCCCAAUUUGAUGUCAGCGCUGCCACCAAUGUCUACAGCUGCGCCACAAUACAAUCGCAAUACGCCUUCGUCUGGCUAUGCGUCUAAUAAUAGCCACACCAACAAUAAUGGUGCAUUUACAAGUGAUUUGCUGCAAAACGAUCUGCAAUUAUCAUCGAACUCUUCCGAUGAAGAUGAUUAGUAGAAUAUAUUUAUAUAGAAUUACACACGCGCUACAUUAAAAAAAGUAUAUGAAAGAAUAUAGGAACAACUAAAACAUACGAUUACAUGCACAUAGGAAUAUUUGUUUGCUAUAUAUACAAUUUUUUUUUAAUUCUUGAAUAUAAUGUGCGUAUGUAUUUUAAGCGUAUUGCUUUAGCUAUGGAUUAUACUUUAGGCAACUAAUUUUGUUUAGGAGUUUCUUUUUUAAAUUAAUAAGAAAAUUAUAUAUAUUUAUAAAUUGAAUUUCAAGAUUGCAUAACGCUUGCAAAACUGAGCAUACAUACUCUUUUUUUUUAAUGUAUAUGAAAUUAAAAUGCUGAAUUUAUUUGCAAAUGUAAUAUAAAUAACAACAAAACGCAGUGCGAACGAAGCUAGGGUGGAAGGGAGUGCGGAAGUUAAUUUAAUACUAGUAAAAUUUAAAAGCAAACCUUAGCCAGGCAACACUGCACACUAAAUGCAUGUAUGUAAUAGGUCUAGAAAUCUAUAAAGCGCAAAUAAGUUCCAAGUGAGGCAUAGCAAGUUGAAGGCGAACUUUUAUAGAAAGCAGUGCUUUAAGUGGAAAUCAUUAAAAAUUGCAAAUAAAAUAGUGUAGUUGCAAAUAACAACAACAACAUAGUAGAAUAACGUAAAAAUGCCAAUUUGUACAUAAAACUGAAUAAUAUUUUCGGUCACUUAAUUUUAUACAAAAUAAGUUCAGUUCCACAAAUGAUGAUGUUGUGUGUGCCACGUGAAUCAUUCAAAUAGUGAAGUUUAUGCGUAUAAGUCCAAAAUAGAAAAAGUAGCAGAAAACUUACAGCAAAUAUGCAAUCAGCAACGGUGCAGGAUUAAGAGAUUUAUAAAAACAUAAACAAAACGAAAACUAAUUUGCCUAAUUUAGUAACAUAUAAGCAAACAUAGAUACACAAAAAACAUUUACAAUGAAAUGCUAUACAUACAUAAAUCAUAAAUCAAAUGAAAUAUGAAGAAAAACGAAUGAGAGAGAGGGAUUUUGCAAAAUUACGCAAUUUAUUUAUUUAUUAGUGUUUUUGCUUAUUGGCGCUCUUAAUUGUUGUUGCAACAUUAUUUUCAUAUGGCAGUUGUGUAUCAGCUGCUGAGCACGAUUGUUUGCUAUACAAAUGUGGCAGAAUGUUAAAAGGGUCAAAGUUGAAUUAGGUGCGGUUAGGUAUUUUGCUUUUUACCGGAAAUCUGCGCAUAGUUGUUUUAACUAUAUUUGAUAGUAAAUUGAAACUACGGAUAAAUUAAGGUGGAAGCUAAAACUCAAAGGAUAAUUGAAAUUUCCCUUUCUAAACUAAGUCGACUUAAACCAGUUUGACAUAUUGCAACAGUUACGCAUAUUAUAAAGUAUUUUCGAAUUUUAAAUAACAAAGAAAAUUUAGUUUUUUACAAUUUUUUAAUUUUUAGCCUAAAGCAAUAGUUUACUAAGUGCUGUGUUGCUUACAUUUAUAUAAUUUUCAGACUUAUUU